CUCUUCUCUGUCUCUUGCUUUCUCUGUUGAAAUGAAGGACAGACGUAGGAGAUCACCAGAAAACAGCGAAGAGGAGGAGAGAGAGACGUCGCCGGAGGCGAAGAGGCAGCAGCGAGAGGACGAAAGUGACGACGUCGGAGAGGACAUUAUGGCGUGGCUGUCGAUGGAGGAGUACGAGGAGGAAGAAGAGAAUCGGCUGAUUGUGGAGCUUCUGGAGGCGGAGAAGGGCUGCGCGGCGGAGGCAAACAAGGUGAGGUUCACUGAGAAUCCGUACUACCGUUCGACGUCGCCGGCGAGCGUCUUCCAAACGACGCCGUCGUCAUACGUCACCAUUAACGGCAACGAGGAGAGCUGCGGCUCGUCGUUCUCCGACUGGGACUCUUCCGUCAUGGCCAGCGUCGACAUGGCCAGCUUCUCCGCCGCCGGGUCCGAGCUGUUCGCUAGCGGGUUCACGGCGGAUAUGGACGGAGCGUGGGGAGGACGCGCGGAGGAGGGGUUUGGCGGCGAGUGGGAUGGGUUGGACCUCGACGACGAUUCGCUGACGGGGUUUUUGGGUGAGAUCUUUCCGGAGCAGUCACUAGCGUAGGGGAAGCCGGUAGGGGCAUUUUAGACAUUGGACAGGUUUUUUUUUUUUUUUUUUUAAAUUUUUACG